AUGUCUCCCUUGUUGGCCUCUGCAGCUCUGCUCCCUCCCAGGCUUGGCUUUCUCUCCCUUCCUUUGCCUGAUGAGUGGGCACUGGGCAGCACUCAACAUCAAACAUCAGUUCUUGCCACCUCCACAAUCUAUCUUCACUUCACUGUUCCUGCUGUCAUCUCUUCGCGCACAUAUCCAGAGGGCCAGACCCCAAGCACAGAAGAGUGGAAUAGCGAUGCAAUUUUUUUUUCAAUAAGUCCGCUGAACACCCGUAUCGAGGACUGGCUUUGGUAAAUUACCUCUACAGGAAAGGAAU